AUGAUCGGCUUAUCAGAGUUGAAGAGUGCCAUUGAGGUGAUAAGAAAUUGUUGGGUGACGAAUAGAGGCAACUGGUGGUUUCUUCUUGGUAAAAAUGCUUUGCUAGUUUCACAUGGUCCGGGUUUUGGAAACUGGUUGCUUUGCAAGGAAAACUGGACUCAUAAUGGUGAACUUGAAGUGAACUUGAUCGGGGUAAAUAUUUGGAACUUAAUCAAGAGACACAGGCUUGGUCAUCUUAUACCAGGGGUGGGCGAACUACGACCCGCGGGCCGUUCACACAUUUUGAGAAAAAAAAUUAAAAAUGAGAUUACCAAAGACCAAAAAAAGUCAUCAGCCAAAUCUUAUAACCAAAAAAGUCUUCAGCCACUAAUGAACAGGUUAAAAAUUCCACCUCACCUCACCGGUCAACGAUCGAAAGAUGAUGUACAUAUCUGGCCCUUCAAAUGUAAAAGUAAGCCAUGUCUGAACCUUGCUCCCUCAAAGAACCAGAGCGGUCUAUAG